AUGUACAAUUACGAGGAGGCCCCGAUACCUCUUAAAGCAAAUUACACCUGCAAAGACAGUGAGGAAAAAGCAGAUGAAAGAGUUAUUAUAGAAAUUGGCCGGCCUGACGACAGGCAGGAGCAAACGUUCUCACAUAAGAAAUAUGACAAGACGAUACAUCACCGAUCAUAUCCUCUGGAUAACUUUGAAGAGCCUCGGAGGAUUUCUUAUUUUCGGGCACAUGAUUUGGAAUCACAGGAUGAACCGAGAUAUUUUGAGCACGACGAUUACCAGGAUAUAAGACUUAUUCAGGAGUCCAACAACUCUAGAUCAUCAGUAGAAUUUUCUCAAGAUUCACACGACCACGGAAAGUUUGUGGAUGAGCAGGAUGCUACUAUGGAUUGGAAAGAGAGAGCCUUACAACUUGAAAAGGAAUAUAAGAAGACAGCUUGCGAUAGAGAGCGAACUCGAAUGAGAGACAUGAAUCGCGCUUUUGACUUGCUGCGAUCCAAACUUCCUGUGUCAAAACCAUCGAAGAAGAAAUACUCGAAAAUCGAAAGUUUACGAAUAGCAAUUUCCUAUAUCCGACAUUUGGAGUAUAUGCUUGCCGGUGGUUCUUCUGAAGAAAGUACAGUCUUUUAUGAGGUGCAUAGUCCAGAUAGAAGAAAGUCACCGAGAUUCUAA